CUGAACCACUUGUCCACUGUGCCAAGCUAACGACACAUUGGGAAGCAAAUGGAACAUUAGACCGUUACAUGGCUGUCGUUUGCUCCAUGUGACACUAGAAAUGGUCGAUCCCAUAUCCCUUCUAAGAAAUUGACAGGAGGAAACAGCACAGAAGUCCACUCCAAAGCUUCCCUGAAUUGGAUGUGUUUUCAUUGUACCAGACAGGUGUUUUUGUGUCAAGUUCCAGGAGCAGCUGGAGCAGAGAGAGGGAAAACCUGCCCGGAUCCACUAUUGACCUCCAUCUCCGGACACACACAGGCCUAGCCCGCAGCAAAGCGAUAUAACUGGCUCUCAUAGUUCUCGCUCGUUCAAAGGAAGGGGGAAAUUUUACAGCCUUUGUCAUCAGCCCUCAAAAGAUGACGGAGACCAUGUUUGGGACAGGGAAAGAUCAGUGGGUCUGUCCCAACGACCGGCAGCUGGCCCUUCGAGCCAAGCUGCAGACAGGCUGGUCUGUCCACACCUUCUGUACAGACCGACAGAGGAAAAGCCAGAUGCUGGAGCAGCAGGAGAUGGAGAACAUCCUUAGUGUCAUCCGCAGGGCUGAGGAACUGGAACAGAUUGAACAGCUCCGCAUCGGGAGGCUGGUGGAGCGUCUGGACAACAUGAGGAAAAGUGCGAUGGGAAACGGCCGGUCCCAGUGCCUGCUGUGUGGGGAGGUCCUGGGCCUCCUUGGAACCCCCUCCGUCUUCUGUCAGGACUGCUGCAAGAAAGUGUGCACCAAGUGUGGCAUAGAGCCCCAGUGCAGUCAGAAGAGAACUCAGUGGCUGUGCAAGAUCUGCAGUGAACACAGAGAGGUGUGGAAGCGCUCUGGAGCCUGGUUCUACAAGUUCAUGCCCAAGUACGUGUACCCUGGGAAGGAGGGGCCGAGUGGUGCUCCUCUGGGACUGCGAGGAGCCAAUGGAGGAGGGCAGAAGAUGGCCAGGAGUUCCACUGUCAGCCGCACCUACACAUGGGCACACAGCAAAGUGGUGUCUAGUGGCAGCGACAGUGAGUCGGACCACAGUGAAGGAAGCGUGAAGAGCAAGGUGUCCAGCCAGGGUCUCCCUGAGGGCAAGCAGCAUACUGACUCGGUGUUCAGUGGGGGGAGGAUUGGGACCCCCACAGGGCUGGGUUGGGGACCACAGGGCAGCCUGCUGUCAGAGAGCCGCUCCAGCCUAACCAGCAAGCCCCCCCACAGCACCGCUCCCCCUGAGGACUACGACACAGACCACAGCUUCCCCUCCCCCAAGUGUAGAGUGGUGUUGUGCCAUAUUGUGCUUCUCCCAUUAUGGGCUCCCUGGCUGCAAGGUGUGGUGAGAUUUGAAGUAAAGGAUGGCCAGAGAAAAGGGAGGUAUUCAUCACAUUGACACAAUUCACUUAAUUGCUUGUAUUUUGUGGAAUUAGACUAAUUAACCUGUGAAUGUUGUUUAAUCUUCCAGGUGGAGGUGCCAAUGGACCACGUUUAGGUUGAGUGGCCGUGUGUGUGACAGUGUGUGUGGCAUAGUCGGUCGGAGGGACACGUUCUCAUUCAAGCAUGAGGCCAACGACGUCUCAAUCAAACUAGCAUUUUUGGACAGUCUAGCAGGUUUUUCUCGGGGAUGUCAACAGUUAGCAUGUUAGCCAGUGGUGCUUCAUAUAAAUUUGACUGGUUUAUACUUAUGGACUUAUUUGCACCCUGUACACAUAUGGGAGGUGAUGCAGUGUGAAUAUUUAUGGACAUUGUGCGCAAACCGACAAAUA